GUUUAUUUUACUACAACAAUUGCCAUCGUUUAACCUUCGUGCAAGCUAGAAUCAUUCCUCAAUGGGAGUUUAUUCGCUAGUGUCCCUUGCGUUAAUUAUUUGUUGCGUUCAAGGGGGUCUGUGCGCUGUGACUGAUAGAAUUUCCAAGGAGAAAUGGGAAGUGGCCGAAACAGCUCAAGAAAGGGAUUUUACUUGUCCCGGAGCUGAUGGUAACUACGCAUCUCCUCAACAGUGCGUUGCAAACUACUACCAAUGUCGAGAAGGAAUAGCUUACCCUCAGACGUGUCCAGCAGGCAAUGUCUUCGAUCCUGUCACUUCUGUUUGCACACCUUACGCUCAGGCUUCAUGCAAUCAGAAGCUGGACUGCUCUUCAGACGGAUUAUUUCCAUACCCAGGUGCCUGUACGAAUUUGUACUACGUGUGCAGUGCUGGGGAGUCUUACGUUCGGUAUUGUCCAGCCGGCUACGCCUUUGAUCCUGUAGCUUUGCGAUGCGUGGCAGUAGAGGACGCGUCGUGUACAGAGACUUUAUCAACAACAACAGCUGCAACUACUCCAAGCACCGUCACUGUUCCAACAACAUCUACAGCAACAGCACCAGCGACAACCGCCAGCACCUCUACGACAACAGCUCCCACAACGGCCAAAACUUCAGUUCCAAACACGACCCUCAAUCCAACUUCACCCACAGACCAAACCACAACUCCAAAGACGUCUUCCACGACAGUAUCUUCGACAAUUCCAUUAUCAACGGAGUCAACGACUUCAACAGCAACGUCCAUUUCAACAACGGUGUCAACUAUAGCAGCAACUACACGAACAACGGCACCAACAACUCCAUCGAUAAGUUCAGCCUCAACUUCAACUGCAGUCCAAACUACAACCAACACGAUUCCCACGGCGACCCAACCGACUGCAUCAUCGACAACGACUAUUCCUACAACAAGUCCAACUAUACCUCCAACUACAGCAUCAGCUACACCUUCAACUACACCACCUACUACUCCACUAACUACUCCAUCAACUACACAAUCAACUGCUCCAUCAACUUUUGCGCCAACCACUGCAUCAACUGCGCGGUCAUCUACACUGUCAACUACACUGCCAAGCACAACAACAACUACACCACCAAGUACACCACCAACUACUCCAUCAACUACACGAUCAAGUGCCCCAUCAACUUCACUCCAAACUACUCCAUCAACUACGCGGUCAUCUACACCGUCAACAACACCGCCAAACACAUCUCCAAGUACACCACCAACAACGCCACCAACUACACCACCAACUCCACCAACAGCUGCUCCUCCAGUUGAAUUUGCCUGUUCGCACACUGGAAACUAUCCUUAUCCAGGAAACUGCUCUCUGUAUUACGUAUGUGGGGGUGGCGUCUAUAUAGUUGCAGUGUGUCCAGAAGGCCAAGUCUUUAACCCAGCCGUCGAGUAUUGCCAAAAUCCUUCCAACGUGCCUGGAUGCGAGGCUUGCGCGCUGUAGCCUUUACCGCGUGAACUAGCGUAUCAGAACCCCGUAGUUGUUGUUCGAAUUCAUUACUUAGCAGUUUAUUUCGCUUUUCUCUUCUAUAUAAAAACAAAUAUCCCUUUAUGAUAUCUACUAAAUGAAUCUAACAACCAACGUGUUGUUUGAUUGCCCAUAAUGAUACGAUCGUCACAUGUCCAGUCCUGUUAUUCAUCAGGAAAUAUACAAACAAAAAGAA